AGACAGAGCUGCAGCAGCUGGACCGACUCCCGCCCGGGACCAGAGCAUCCCUCCAGCCUGCGGACUAACUCAGUGUUUCUCAACGUAGAUCUGACCGUCCAGGUCCUCCAUCCGCCAUGAGAGACUACUCCUCCGCGCCGGGACAUGGGGGCGCCUGCAUGCCGUGCUGCCAAGUUUGCGUGUACGCCUUUACUGCAUUUCUCAUCGUUGCAGAGAGGACAGCGCUGAUCUAUUGCUUUGUGUACUAUCUUUGGGUGGGUCACAACUACUGCUAUGCCCAUCUUUCCGGCUUCACUGCACUGUUCUUGCUGCCAGGUUGGGGUCCUCAGUGGCUCAGUUAUCUGUGGUACCUGUCUGAUGGACGCAUCCGCAGGAAGUCUCUCACCUGGACACACAUACUGCACCUCGGUAUCUUCAAAAGGCUGUGGGAGUGCAUGUGUCUGCAGGACUAUGAUUUGUAUGGAGAGAUCAUGCAGCAGGCUGACGUGUCCGCCUUGCGUCUGUUUGAGGCGUUGGUGGUGACCCUUCCUCAGACACUGCUGCAGACUUAUGUCCUAAUCUGCACUGAUAUAGGAAUCAAAUCUCCAGCCUCGGUGUGUUUUGUGGUGUGUUUGUUAUCUCUGUCCUGGGCCUUGGUCCUUUACGCCAGAGCCUGUUUACUCAUCAGACCUGGACACCUGCAGAUGACCCCUGCUGCCAUGCUCUGUCGACUUGUGUGGAGGAUCAGUAUGUUGGGAUCUCGAUUCGCGAUUCUCAUGCUCUUCACACGUAUCUUCAAACAAUGGAUCCUGGGAGUCAUUGGUGUGCACUGGCUGGGUGCAACAUUUUGGAUGGUGUCUCAGCAGACUGAUAUCAUUCGUUCAACUAAUCGAUGGAGACUCUUCAACCUCGUUCUGGGAGCAGUUCACAUCUUCCUUUUCCUCAAUGUGAAGUACGGUCAAUCCAGAUACCGCAUGGCUGGCUUUUACCUGGCCAUGUUCAUAGAGAACGCUUUUCUUUUGCUGGCCUUCUCGUGGCUGUUUACCAUGGUGUCCUGGGACACUGUGGGGAUCCCAGCUGCAGUGUUCUGUAGCUUCCUCAUUGGAGUCAUAGCGUUGGUGCUGUAUUAUCGUUUCCUCCACCCCAAGUCCUUUGAGAUUUUCCAGAGUAUUCGCCACAGGGGGAUAGGUGGAGCCUGUGCGGAGCGUGGAUCUACGCUGUCAUUGGAGGAGAAAGUCACGCCCACUUUCCAUCGCCAUGCAACACUGACCGGAGGUGGGACCCUCAUGGAUCUCCCUAUCCAAUGGGAAGGCUGGAAACAUCACCACUGGCUGCUAAUUCGCUUAGCCAUGAAAACCGGAGAUGUGUCUAAGAUCUGGUCGUCGUAUGGCGAGGGGGGACUGGCCGGACUCAUGGGUCUGCCUGAAGAAAUUCACUCUCCUGAUGUACAUCAUGUCCCUCGGGGUCCACUUAUUCCGCCACAGGCUCCUCAAAUCUCGCAACCAGCCCCUCAACCAUCUCCUCCAGAGGUGACCCCGGCUCCACAGGUUAGAGAGGAAGUCCCGCCUCCAAAGCCUGCUCUCUCUACUGUCAUAGCCAGACCAGUGAGAAAAGCUCCACCCACAACCAUCCAGGAUUUGAGAAAUUUCCCAGAGAUCAUCCCGGUCCAGGAGGUCAUCAUGGAGGAGUCUGCAGAAGAAGAGUCCAGAGCUACACCAUCAGAAAGAUGUGAUGAGGACUAUCUGAGUGCUGCUUACGCCUCUCCCUCACUUUCCUCUCCGCUGCAACCAGACAGCCUCUGUCACAUCGACAGCAAUGUGUCCCUGACCGAAGCCUCAUCUUCCGUACACUCACUGGACAUCAAGACUCCCGGCUGGUCACCUGAGCGACGCUCCUCUCUCAUGAUCACUUCCCCAGAUAAAAAACUCUCGCUCCCCGGAGAGUCCAGCACCACGCUGUACUUCAGCGCAGAUGCACAGUCCCCCUCCAGUGGGAGCUAUCUUGGCUGGGGCUCCGAGUUGUCGCCCAUCUCCACCUACAGAAGUCCCUACCGGAUCAGGGAGGCUCGCUUCAUCACGUCCACCCCACGUCUGGAGCCUCGAGCUAGGGCUGAAAGUCCAGGUCCAUCCUCAGUGGUUAUCAUCCCUGCCACUCCUGGUACAACACCAGGCCCGACCCCAGGAGGAACCCCUGGUACAUCGACCCCUACAGCUUCAACUCCCGGUGCUGCAACACCUGUAGCUUCAACCCCUGGUACUGCAACACCCGCUGCUUCAACCCCUGGUACUGCAACACCCGCUGCUUCAACCCCUGGUGCUUUGACUCCUGUUGCGACCACACCCAGUGCUCAAGUCAUUCCCCUCACUCCGGUCAUUUCCCACGCUCGCAAACAGAUAGUGCAGUAUGUGGACAGCAGAGAGAGGAUGGUGUAAGGAGGAUGGGGGGUGAAGGGGAGGAUGUGGGCAGGGAUGUCUUUUUUUAGUUUAGCAGUUAAGGAUAUUCAUAAAUUCAUGCAUUACCUAUCUUGGCUAUCUAUCCAGGCUUAAAGGGGAAUUUGAGGAAUACUUCAACCCCCAAAAUUAACAUUUGUAUUACAAUUACUAUUAAUUAACUGGGGUUGCGUUUAACAACAGCAGAUCUCUCAAAGCUGUAUCAAAACAUCAAUUACAAUUCAAGUCUCAUUUAACAAGUCAGAGACAUAUUACUUCCCUAUCACAUGCAAUAUUGCUAAACCUUACUUUUUGUCCAGGAACGCUACACGGCAAUGCUAGUCAGACGAGUUUAUAGGGAAGUUUUAAUUUAAAAGGCAUGAAAGAGCAGAAUAAAACAUUUCCCAGUUUGAGAAAGUACAUCCUAUCUUAUCAUGGGAGAAAAGUUUUGUUUAAGAAUUCAAGCUUACACAGGGGGACUUAUUGAUUAACAAAUAGUCAUUUUUUGAACGAUAUAAAGUAUCACUUAUUAUUAAUAUAGUAUUCAUUAUUUUUCCUGACAUUAACAUACAUGGGGUUACUUUUACAGAAAAUGAGCGUGCAUUGGUAGCACACUUGCCAACCACAGGAAAUGAUCUCAAUUCUCAAUAAUAGUAUAUCUGGCUUUGCGAUACGUAUUACAGUCUUUUAAAGGAGAAUUCAGUGAUACAUUAGGUCCUUGUUGCUGCACAUUACUGCUAGAUGGUUAGAGUGCCUGCAGAAGGGAGGACAAUACUAUGAAAAUUGCUUGCUACUGUGAAAAGGCUAAAAGGGAAGCAUCUGGCAAAUUUCAAUGUAUGAGGCUAGGCACGUGGUGAUCUCAUUCCUGCCGAGGCCAUCGCAAGCCAUCCUAAUAUUCAGUCCUAUAAAACCGUCAAUAAAAAAGAACAUAGAUCACAAUACAGAUCAUUAUGAAGAGAAGAUUGAAUCUGGGUUAAUCAUUAAGAGAACACACAGAUUCAAAGGUGCUAAUGAAUGUGGGGAAUAGCUUUCACCUUUUUAUUUAUUUAAGUAACCACAAGAAAUCAAAUGCUGAUGUUGGUGUUAAUCUCUUCUUAAAAUAAUCAUAAAUACUAUGGGCAUAUUAGAAUUAUGAGCUGUGAGGAAAUCAAAAUGAACCAGGUAUUUAAAAUAGUUUACAAACACCAACAUGCUGAAACCCUUAUAACUCACAAAUGCAACUCUCUUUUUUGAUUCUGAUACAAUCAAACUAAUAAUCUGCUAUGAAAUAUGAAAGUAUUGCAAAUCCAAGCAUACUUUCAAAGGCAUUGAAGUUAGUAUGCUUGCAAAAAUUUCUACGACGAUGUUGAACAACCCGUCCAGUAUUCAUUCAUCCAACCAGUUACUCACUGUGUGUCCGAUACAGUACAGUAUUCGCAAUCUGUCAAAUAGUUCAAAGUCUUCUCACUGAUAUCUUUAUUAACACAGAAUCAUGAGAUAAGCAUAUUACAAAAAGUAAAGGUUUGAGGGAAAAGUAUUUAAUAAAUGAUGCUAUACUUUCCGUAAUACUAAUUUUAAUUGCAAACAUUUCAGUUGGCACUUUAUAGCAGAAGGAGGCAGCUAAAGUAUCAGGAUGUUGUGUAAACUACACUAUGAGUAUAACAUUAGAAUAUGAAAGAGAAAUUGUAGUAGAAUAUCCAAAUAUUAGAGGGGUAUCAGAUCACAUUUAAUUACAUGCAUUUCUUUGUAUUGAUAACCUUUUUUUUAAAGUUAUUGAUGGCUUGUUUUUAUCCAUUUUUACAACGUAUUGUUUGUUAUUAGAUUUCAUUGAGUGACUCCUUCUCUUUGUGAUAGCUUUCAGAAUUAUUUUGAGAAGUGUAAUAGCAAUUUUGCUAAGAAAUAACUUCCUCAAAUGUAGAGAGGAAGUAAUACAGAGGAGAAACCUAUUUUAACAAUGUUUAAAAUAUAAAUAUAUAACCUCUAAAUCUAUCUAAUAUGCUCUUUUAAAGCCCACUAUACUCAUGAAUAGGUCUUGUCCUAUCUUUUAGUUGAACCUCCUAUCUUAGUAAAACUGAAUUCACAAGUUACCAAAAUGAUUUCUUAUUUGUUUAUGUUGCAAUGAGAAAAUGUAAUGUCUCACUGAAAACACAUUUGAAAGAAAAAAGGGAACAGGAGUUUUAGAGAAAAUACUAAAGGAAAAGUCCUGGGUGUAUGACCUGCCAUAACUGUCAAGCUUGGUCGAUGCCAGUAUUAUGUAACGUUAUGAAUAUUAUUUAUUUUAAUAUGUGAAAUCAGAUUGUAGUCAUAGAAUGAAAAAGACCAGUGUUCCUUAUAUAUUUAUAUUCCAUUUCUAGUUAGCUGCUAUAUUAUUUUACUUUUCUUUCUUUCUUAAGACAUAAUAACAUUAUGGGAAUAUCAUUUGUGGUUUAUGGAACAAUGUACAGAGAAAAACCACCUGAAAUUGUGUGAAACUGUUAUCCAUAAACUGUACCUGCUGAUAGACACUGCAUGUUACUCCUUCAUCCAGAAAAUUGUAUCUGUUCCUUUAGAGAAAGAAAGCACUUGUAACUUCAUACACAAACACACACACUUCAUAAUACUUAACACACUUGCUAGAAUGUAUGCGUUUGCCAGAGCAAUAAGAAAGCUAAUGAAAUGUAUCUUAGUGCACAAAAAAAUAAGAAUCUACGCACACGCUUCAGAGUGCAGCGAUGCUUGGCUUGAUCAUCCUGACACAGCGCUUUGCCUUGUAGACUGACAGUCGCUUGUUAAUAAAGUGUGUAUUGCCUUAUGUUAGAACAAUAUGCUUUGCUCUGUGUACCUGAUGUGUAUGAUAAUCUUUGCUUGUCUUUCUACUUUGUCUUGUUUUUUAUUCUUCUUAAAAAUCCUUCUUUUAUAUUGAUCACAUGUACUGUUAUGAAAUGUGUGGACAGCCACGGUGCGGUGUGUCAAGGUUUCACAUGUGAAAUUGUUUUAGAGACAACAUUGUUUUCAAUGACAGACUGAAUUAGUUUGCUGGUUGAUUGUAACGUCACUUAGACACUGGAAGGCCUCCAUUUAUCAACAUGCUUCACCUCACCUCUACAAGGAUCUCCACAGUACUGUGGCUGGUGGUAGUGAGUCAUUAACUGUGCUAUUGAUGUGGCAAAAUAAAGUCAUUAGUCAUGAUCAAA